AUGAAGUGCUACCUAAUCUUUUCCACCACCGUCGACUGCGGUUGCCCAACUUGCGACGUCUUCACCAAAUGCGAAACCAUUGAAUUUUUAGACUCGCCCGGUAACACCUACGGGAUCAUCCCCUUUGACCAAUUUGACAAGACUAUCAUCUUUGACAUCUGCUGGGAACACCGGAUGAUGAUGAACCUCAUCCCCUGGGCUGAACUCGAGUGUGCCCGCGCCGAGGACCUGGACCUGUACGUCUGUGGAUGGAAACGGAAUACAAAGUGGUUGGAUAUGGUGGUGGUCGGGGGGAAAAUGUGCAAGAUUUCGGUUGAGAUCUUUUGUCCGGUCCAAUGGGCGCCGGUCUUUUACCAGCAGUGUUUUGCGCGCCAGCAGCAUUGCAAUCAGCAACAGCAGGUAGAGGAGAGACAUUCGAGGAAUAUUUCUGAGGUGGCUGGUUCUAUGCUUUAUGAUGUCGUCAAGGAAACGUUAGUCGAGGCAGCUUUUGAGCUUACCCUCGACCUGGGGAAGGUAUUCUUCUUUGGUUGUUAG